AUGUCAGCCGAAACGAUGGCUGCUCCGGCGCCACAAGCUGCACCGGUCGGCCUGAACUCGCCUCCCGAUUCAAACUCUGCCCUUAAAGAUGGUGGCAGCGACUCUGAGCUAUCCGACCUGGAACCGGACGUUGACAUGACCGAGAUAUUGGAGGUUGAACCUGAUCAUAUUUCGUCUGGAGGAGUGCCAGUCUUCAAACCUACCAUGGACGAGUUCGCAGACUUCACACGAUACAUGGCUGCUAUAAAUAAGUAUGGCAUGCGAAGUGGAAUUGUAAAAGUGAUCCCGCCGCCGGAAUGGGUUGCCGCGCAACCUCGACUCGAUGAGGCUAUCAAGACAGUUAGGGUUAAGGAGCCAAUCAAGCAAGACAUUAUGGGCACAGGAGGAACAUAUCGACAGGCGAAUAUUGUGCAUCAACGCUCCUACAACUUGCCACAAUGGCGCCAAUUAUGCGAGCAGAGUGAGCACCAACCUCCUGCAAAGAGAGGCGAGAGACGGGUCAACCAAGACAAGCCUCCAAAGCCUUCACCAAAGCCCAAAGCUUCAACUGGCGGAGCGAAGAAGAAGGGCGCAGGAAGGCCACCAAAGAACAAGUCGAGAUCUGGAAACGUCGAUAAUGAUGGCACCAGUACCCCGGAUCGUCUUCCAACCCCGGUAUCUCCAAUCAUGAAAGCAGAGGACGACAAUGACUCUGUCAAGCUUGAGCAAGAAGAGUACGAUACGCCAAUGAGGCGAAUGGGAGGAAGACAGCCCAAGGCAAUCUCCGUCUCUUCAAGACGCAAGAACAACAAACGUGAGACAGGGGUCGUGGAUGAAGCUGCUUUCAAAGACUUCAAGUAUGAGCUAGAAGGCGAGGACUACAGUCAGGAACGCUGUGACGAGCUUGAGAGAAAUUACUGGAAAACUCUCACGUAUGCACCACCUCUCUAUGGUGCAGACAUGCCUGGUACACUUUUCGAUGAGCGAACGACGACUUGGAACUUGGGCAAGUUGGACAAUAUCCUCGACGUUCUAGGCUCGAAGAUUCCAGGUGUCAACACUGCGUACCUGUACCUGGGUAUGUGGAAGGCUACAUUUGCUUGGCAUCUUGAAGACGUCGACCUUUACAGUAUCAAUUAUCUUCACUUUGGGGCACCGAAACAGUGGUACAGUAUCUCCCAAGGAGACGCACGCCGAUUCGAGGCGGCCAUGAAGAGUAUCUGGCCAACAGAUGCCAAAGCCUGUGAUCAAUUUCUGAGACACAAAACUUUCCUGAUCUCACCAUCCCAGUUGAUGUCAAGUUACAAUAUCAAAGUGAACAAAAUUGUUCACCAUCCUGGCGAAUUUGUCAUCACAUUCCCAUACGGCUACCACUCAGGUUAUAACUUGGGCUAUAACUGUGCCGAGGCCGUCAACUUUGGAUUGGAGUCGUGGCUCGAGUACGGACGUGUUGCCAAGAAGUGCGAGUGUAGCGAAGCUCAAGACAGCGUCUGGAUCGAUGUACACGAGAUUGACCGGAAGCUAAGAGGCGAAGAAACCGAGUAUGAGGAAACAGAUGACGAAGAAGAGGAAGAAGACGAAGAGGAGGACGCGAAAGCUGCGAAUCUUCCAACGCCACCAGAAAGCAAUGGCAGUACCAAACUCAAAAUUCCUAAUAAGAAGCGCAAGAGACCUACCACCGAUAAGGCCGGCAACCCCAACUCUACCGUCAAGCGGAUCCGUGUCCGCAUCAAGGCGCCGACUCGAGAGCCAUGUAUCCUCUGUCCCAACGACAUACCUUCGGAGCCCUUACUUUUCACCGAAGAUGGUCAGAAAGCACACCGCAUGUGUGCUCUGUACAUCCCUGAAACAUCGAUUAUGUCUGGGGAGAAAGAUACUAUCGUUGAUGUCCAGUACAUUGAUAAGGCCCGUCUCGACCUCAAAUGCAAUUACUGUCGAUCAAAGAAAGGAGCAUGCUUCCAAUGUUCACAGAAGAAGUGCACACGAGCAUACCAUGCGACCUGCGCUGCAGCUGCUGGUGUCCUUGUUGAGCAAGGCGAAAUCCCUGUUUUUGGUGAAGACGGGACCGAGUACAAAGACUGGGGCAUCGACUUCAGCUGCCGCUUUCACCGCUCCAAGCGAGACAAGAAGAUGGAUGGUGACACCCUCGGCGAGGACAAGCGUCUUCUGAAGGCUGGUUUGGACUUAAAGCCUGGGGAUGUGUGCCAGAUGCAAUAUUUCAAGGGCGAUAUAUUUGCCGGGGCAGUCGUCGAAAAUAGAAUCAGCGAGGAAAUGAUACUCGUUGAUAUUCUUCCGAGAGGUGACCGAGUAGAAGUCGAAUACAAGUGGCUUCUUGUCCCAGAUCCAGCAGACCGACGUCUUCAGAAGCCAUCAGCCAAGGCUAUCCCCAUGCCUAAAUCGUUCAAGGACAAAGAAUCGCUUAACACAUCUAAGCGUCAAGCUGAUGAUUUACCAAGAGCAGAUGAUCCAUUUGUCGAAGGCUCUACAUGGGCUGAGUUCAAGUCCGAGAAGAUUCAACGCAACCCUGCUCAAGUCAAGGUCGACUUCAGCAAAGAAAACCAAAUAUGGUUCUAUCUUGGAAAGAAUUCAACCGAAGCCAAGGCACAAUUUACAGAAGAUCCUGCAAAUCCUCGACAUAACCCCAAGGGUCACUUCCUCGACACCAUCCCAAAGCCAGCUCCGGUUGCAGCACGGCAAUCAUAUAGUGCCACUUAUCCUUCGAAUCUGAACCCCAAUGCGUCGAGCAUCUCCAAGACAGCGCCGAUUAGACCCCCCCAGCCUGUUGCAAACUCUGUCAGGUCAGAGAAGCCAUAUGUAUACAAGCCUCGCAGCAGCGGUGAGAUGUAUAGCAUUGAUCCAAAGGCUUACGUUGAUCAGCAAAAAUUCCUUCAACGAUCAGUCCCAGCUCCAUACGCCUUUGGCACUGAUCCUCGAUAUCGACAGGCUGACCCUCCGCGAGCCUCAGGCCAGUUUACUGUCAGUAAUCCGCCUGCUGCAAGUAUGAGCUCGGACAUACGACUUUCACCUCACAUGGCAACUGCACGACCUGCGCCUUCACUAGCAACAUCUCGACCUCCAGCAGCUGUACCACGACCCGCAAAUGCAAUGGCUCCUCCGCGUGUUGGAGCUUCCAUGCCUGCAUCGUAUCCAUCUUACCGUCCUCCACAACCCCCAGCACCUAGGCCAAUGAAUCCAUUUGGGAGCAGGCCUCCAAGCUCCAGUUCAAGACCAAAUCCAUUCGCGAAGUACUCGUACCUGCAGAAAGAGCAUAAUAGGUCGCCACUGGAAUAUAAAAGUCCGUACAGACCAGGUGGCGGAUUCAUGAAUGGUUACCAGGGCAGUCUACAGGCCCAUUUGCAGCAGACAAUGUUCCGACAGAACACUGGGCGUGUAAGUACACCCCUGUCAAGCAUAUCGACGCUUGGCAGUAGUUUGAAAACACAGUCAAAUUCGCAAUCACCGGUGUCGUCGUACUCCACCGAGUCACCAACCGCAUACAACUCCCAUCGUAGUUCCGGCACACCUGCACCCGCGCCCGUACACAAUCAAAACUGGGCCACAGCUCCACCGAAAAAGGACAGUUCUCAACUGCACCCAGCGAUUCGACAAGAGUACAAUUCGAUGGUUCGUCACGAGUACCCACCCACAACACAAAAUUCUCAAUCAUCUCACUAUCAGGGCUCUGUUCUUCAGCCUCCGGCAAUGUACGAUAGGACUGCGACUCAAUUGCAAGCCCCAUACCAGCCAUUUUCCACGCCCCAGCAGGCUCGAUAUUACUCCCAGCAACAAUCUCACAAUCCGUACCACAACACGCAACCUCUUCAGCAGAACGUUGCGGCCUCACAAGCCUCGCCUUUUAUCAAUAGCCAUCACCCAGGUGUUGCGCUGCCAAGCGCUCGGCCAGCAAUUUCUCACCCACAUUACCACUCACAUUCAUCACCAGUGAUGAGGAGCACUUCGGCCCAGCAGCCCGUCUCACAGCAACAACGCCCGCCCGCGGACGUUGUUAGAAAGUCGCCGGACCAGCCAUUUGUCGCGCAGCAACAACACCAAACCCCUCGCCCGGUUGACAAGAAGUCUCCAGAGCAACUCGCCUCUCCUCAGCAACAGUUGCAGCCCAACUCGGCUGCUGGCAAGUCACCAGACCACGCUGCUGUCACACAGCAACAGUUUCAACCCCAUUCAGUCGCUGUAAAAUCACCAGAUCAUGCUGUUACUUCGCAACGACAGAUACAGACUCCUUCUUUGGCUACCGAAUCACCAGGUCAAACUCCUCUUCCUCAGCAAUAUUCAACUGCCUCAACGAUUGCGCCUUCGUUGAAUCAGCCGCCCGUCUCUCAGCAGCCGCAUCAGCCCCACUAUGCGACUACUGGGCCAGGCCCCCAAGUGUUGCCUUCUCAUCAGCAGCAUCAAAACUUUCCAAGAGUACCACCUCAAGAGGGCAAGAUUUUGUAUCCACAUCAGCAAUAUUUCCAGCCUCCGACCAUCCAUUCACAGGGUUCCGAAGCGGGUUUAAUGCCGACGGAUCAAAAUUUGCAGCUUCGGGCCUUUCCGGAUGUACCGGCGGAUUCUACGACCCUGGUUGAGAGAAUGAUGAUGACUUUGAAAAGAGCGCCUGCGGCUUAG